UUGUGUUCCUGUUUCCAGACAGGAGGGGGGGCUGGCUGGGAGCUGCUGUGCUGGCAGAAUGCAGAGGGGCCCUACAGAGAACAUGUUUAGCACAGCAAUAAGAGGGGCAGGAUCCGGCUGCUGUCACCCCCUGUGAACCCUGGGCCAUGUUCCCUCGCCCUCUCUGCCAGCUGCCGGAAGGGUUCCACAUGGCAGCCGACGGGCCCCCAGCUUGGGGGAACACUGUGGCACUGAGACGGAUUGCCUCCCACCCUCUGUCUCGUACCAGGGGCCACAGCAACCUCCUCCCCACAAUGCUGAUGUUUGGGGUCAUUGUGGCGUCCAGCGGUUUGCUUCUUAUGAUAGAGAAAGGCAUCCUGGAAGAGGUGAAGACACCCCCACCCGUGGGUGACCAGGCAUGGCGGUCACACAGGCGACACAGUGCGGAGAGCUUUGAUGAAGGAGACGUGGACCACCAGAUUCUCCAGGACAUCAGGAACCGGACCCUGAACAGCAUCUGUGGCCAAAAGGACAUGCCACGUAGCGUGUGGCAUCUGCCCACUGCCCAGAGAAGGACUGUCCUCAAACACAUCCUGGUCAAUGAGAAGUACAAGUUCCUGUAUUGCUACGUGCCCAAGGUAGCUUGUUCCAACUGGAAAAGGGUUCUCAAGGUUCUGGACGGCUCCCUGGAAAAUGUGGACGUCAAGAUGAAGAUGGACCACAAGAACGACUUGCUGUUUCUCUCCGAUUUUAGUGUGGACGAGAUCAAACAUCGCCUGAAACACUAUUUCAAGUUUAUGUUUGUUAGGGACCCCAUGGAGCGGCUCCUCUCCGCAUACAGGAAUAAAUUUGGGGAGAUUAAAGAAUACCAGCAGAAGUAUGGGGUGGAGAUCAUCCGAAGGUACAGGAAGCACAGUACGAGCUCCACGGCUGGGGAUGAUGUGACUUUUUCGGAGUUUGUGCGCUAUUUGCUGGAUGAGGACGUGGAGCACAUGAACGAGCACUGGAUGCCCAUCUACAACCUGUGCCAACCCUGCGCCGUGCGCUAUGACUUCCUCGGCUCCUACGAGAGACUUAGAGCGGAUUCCCAUUACGUCCUGGAGAGGAUAAACGCCCCAAAGUACAUACAGUUUCCCGAGAGACAAGCAUGGUAUAAGCCAGUCACAAAGGAUACACUGAAUUAUUUUAUCUGCAAUACUCCCAGAGGUUUACUUAAAGAUCUUUUACCAAAGUAUAUAUUAGAUUUCUCGCUCUUUGCGUAUCCCUUGCCGAAUAUCACCACGGAGCACUGCCGGCGGUAAUGACAGAUUGCUCUAUACAAUUACCUUAUAAGAUGCGGCAUUAAACCAACUAGAUCCUCCAUGUUGUACUGGACGCACCACAACAACAACGUGCGGAUAAACAGAGCAUGAAAAGUGCUGAACGGCAGUGAGAACACUUUAUCAGGAAGGGAUUCUUUCUGUAGGAUUUUAUUUCUGUGUUCUAACACUCGGCAGUUUCCAAGCUCUGGCCCAUCAGCGUGUCUUGUGUAACAUGACGGGUCUGACAACUCUGUGUAUUCAUGCACAAACACUGUACAUAAAUACAGAAUGAACACACGCACGCACGCACACACACACACACACUGCAGAGGGCACUGUAUACAACUUACCUCACAUCUGUAAAGGCAGCAGCAAGCUGUGCGCACACAGACACACACACACAGGCUCAUUACAAAGACCCCAUGUGGUGUAUUCACUAAAUCUGAAAAUGUCAAGGACGGACAUGAAAAGUAGAGUUGGAAAACAGCCGAGCUAUUGAUCUAAAACAUCCAAUGUUCUUGUCCUUUUUGCCCAGUAUACGGUUUAGUAACAUGUCUAGUAGAGCCAUUCAUUAGAGGGUGUCGGGAAUUCAAAGUGAAUUUAAAUUUUAGGCCGAAAUAGACAAAUAGUUCAAACCGAACGUGCAGCGGACUUGGCGGUAUUGCCCUGCGUACUAUCCCAGAUCCCGAUACACAUUUAAAUAACCGAAGGUUUAGUAACAUUUUCUACCAAAUAUUUUACAAAAGCGCCAAAGAUCCAGUAUUGUUUUAUGUGAUUUUUUAUCCCGCAGACCUUUUAGUGUUAAAUAUGACCAUAGACUAGAACUGACAAAUUACUUAACCAACAGAUACUCCUAGCAGGUCAGGACAUGACGCUUUAACUAUUUCCAUUCCUCCUUGAAGAGUCAGGAGAUCGAAGGAGAUUUAAAACCAACAAUUCGCCAUUUUAGUCCUGAGCGUUUGUACCAAAUAUUCGAUUUUCUACCAUUAGAAUUGGUU